AUGGCCGCUACUUUCCCUCACGUCCUACACCUCAGGUCUCCAGCCUGCGAGCUGCUUUGCAACGAUGGAAGCUUGCCCAUCCUGCCCGAACCAGCAUUUGCAGAGUACAGAGCUCGGCCACCAAGGGACAGAGCUCUUCUGCACUCGUUCGGGACCGACUUUCACGUUGUGCUCUCUUCGAGCUCACAUGAACAAGUCCUUUCCGAACUGCUGAAUCUUGGACAAUUAUUCGAUGCUAUCAAUGUGCUUUGCUACAUUCCUGGAGAAUCCGAGUUGCAGCAUGUAGAAGGCAAACUGGCACUGGACGAUUCGUACUGGAAACAUGGCUUUCGGCUGGUCACGAUGCAAGAUGGCGUUGUUGUGAACACACAAGAAUGGACACUGGCAUUUGUGGAAGUCUUGGAACUCGAGGAGCCUCAAUACAGGAAUGUGCCCUGGAUUGCGACAUUUCUUCAUCUGACCGAACGCAGGUCCGAUAUGGCGUGCUAUCAUGCCGAAGAACAGAUGUUGACGGUUACUGAUGCCGAUCAUGUCGAAGCAGGAAUCGAGCAGUACGAUUGGGACACAAAUCCUUCCCGAACUGCUCAUCAGUACUUACUGAACAAGUUCAUCGACGACCAUGGCUACCCACCAUCGAUGCUCUACGCAGUCGGGCUUCGCUGCCAACACUGGAUAUUGUGCACGUGGGAGGGUUUCGAGAAGACAGAUCUGGAAGGCAUUCUCGCCCUGUGCUGUCCAAUAUGCGACGUGCCGCUGCUUACCGACAUCGAAAUGCACGAGAUUAUGGCUUGUGACCAGAACACUAAUAGCAGAAGAGCCUUUCUGGAGCUCAACUCUCAAUGGUCUACGCUCAACAGCAGGCCGGCAGGCUCGGAUGUCUUUCCUGUCUAUCCGAAGGCUUUGUGCGCAGCUAUCGAGCUCGCUCUGGCGUCUCUCAGCCCUCCAUCCCUCAUCCUACCAGCAGAGAUGUCCAUGGCAGCUACCGAGGAAACGGCGGAAGUCAUGCGCCGCCUCCGAGGACUUUGCAGCGAACUAACAUCUCCCUUGAGCACUUCGCCCUCAGACCUCGUCAGUGCCCUUGAACAGCAAAUCUGGGAAACGCCCGUCUCUGGAGGCAAAACACUUGGACAAGUCUUCCUACGUCCGGGCUAUGUUGAGUUUGUGCAAAAAUGGUGCUGUCGUGCUGUCAAUUUCCUAGUGCACUGCCGCUGUGACAAAGUCGGACCUCAGCACGUCGGCUUACAUUUGCAUGAAACUCGGCAAGUCUACAACCCUGCGGUUUGGAUGACUGUUGAUGAGUUGGGCUCUGGGCUUGACAAGCUUGCUCUUGGGAAGCCCGCUGUGGACGCUACUCAUGAUCACGACAUGGACUUGUGA